AUGGAUAAAGAAGACACAGUUAAUGAAUGGCCUGAUCUUGAACAAGAUGGUGAGCUCAGGGCCUUACUUGCGGGGCAGAAAUAUUCAUGGUUACUCCAACUUAUCAAAAUUAUUAAAGAAACCCCAACACUUUUAGAAGUUAUUAAAGAGACCCCAGCACUUAUGCCACAACUUUUGUCUCCCAAAUACGAUGGCAAAAACCUUCACCAAAUAAUCAGGGAUAAUUUGGGAAAAUGGAAGCUGGGGGAGACACUAACCAAUGUGCUUAUCACUUCUUUUGAUGUCAAAAUUAUGCAGCCAACCAUCUUCAGCACCUUUCGGGCCAGAGCCAAUGAAAUAGAUGAUUCAUUGAUGUCUGAUGUUUGUAUCUCCACAUCUGCAGCACCAACUUAUUUUCCCCCAUAUUAUUUCAAGAACACCACACUAUCAGUCACAAAGGAAUUCAAUGUCACAGAUGGAGGUUUAGCAGCCAAUAAUCCAACUUUGCUUGCAAUGGGUGAAAUGAUGAAAGAGAGCAAGAGAGAAGCAGGUUGUAAUAAGUGCUCAAACCAGGCCUUAGAUUAUAGCAGGUAUUUGGUUCUCUCUCUUGGCACAGGAGAAGCAAAGAAUGAGGGGAAGAUGGUAGUUGAAGGAAAAAAUUGGGGGAUCAUAGAUUGGUUAUUUGGGCCUGACAUUGCACCUCCAUUAAUAGAAUCUUUGGUAUAUGCAUCAUCCGAUAUGGUUGAUAUAUACACAGCCAUGUGCUUCCAUGACCGGACAUGUAAAGACAACUACCUUAGAAUUCAGUGUGAGAAUUUAACGAGUUCUGAAGCUUCCAUUGAUAAUGCAAGCAAAGAAAACCUUGAGAAGCUUGGGAAGAUAGGAGAAGAGCUGUUAGAGAAACCAGUUUCCUUGGUGGACUUGGUGACUGGUAACUACAUACCUGUUACAAGUGGAAUGACAAAUAAAGAAGCUCUAACCAAGUUUGCUAAAAGAUUGUCUGAUGAGAGGCGUCGCCGUCUGCAGAAAAUGCAAUCAUGCAGUGGCCCUUGUUUCUUCCAUUGAGGAGAUUGGUUCCCUCAAUCUCAUGGUAGUAAAUGAAGAGAAGGAGAUAGGCUCCCGUUCUAUGAUAGCAAAUGAAGAAGUAAUAAU